UAUAAUUAUAUACACGAAACCUUUCUUUUUCUGGGAUGGAAAAAAAGGAGUUGGGUUUAUUUUAUCAGUGUUCUAAUUAAGGGAUGUGUAUAGGCUGGCUGUUAAAGUGUCAACUGUUGUGGAAAGACUGCACCAAAGAACAGGGCCGUGAUUCAAAGCUUGGUUAAAGGGACUAAGCUGUUGGGCAAAAUAACGCAAACACAGAACAGUAGUAUCACGGCGUAACGUGCAUUAAGUGUAGUUGUGGAAGGGACUUAAUCAUUAAAACCAGUCUAGCCAUAAGUAGUUAUGACAUAAAUCUUCUGAAAAACCUCUAUAAACUUACACAGACUUAUUUUAGAUAGAGGAACUGCAGUAGUUUCAAUGGGAUAUCUAAGUGAAGAAUAGUAAGACUUCUAACAACCAUGGGGCUGGUUAAUGUCUUUAGUAUGGAGGCAGGAACUUGGUCAGUGUGACAAGCAAUCAUCUGAAAACCCUUCUAUAUGAAAGGGUGGGUGGGAUAACUUUUGCUACAUUACCUAUUAUGUAUGGCUUUAUUUUUAGUAAUUCUUGUUUCUGGUAGCAGUAGGAAGUUAUCUGGACGGCUGUUCUGUGAAAAAUAAGCUGUAUAGGUAAUGGUGCUCGUUUGGAUAAUCAAGCUAGAUGUAAAAGUGCGCUGCAGUUUAGUUUGUACAAAACAACCAAGAGCAACAAGAUGAAAAGGACAACGUGACUUCUGCUUCAGACUGUAGAAAAUGGAUGCAAUUAUAGCUGCUUUGGGAUACUUCUUCCUUCAUUUUCCGCAGCAUCGAUCAAUUUAAUGCAGCAAUGGAAUUAGUUCAAGUUUGGUGCAGCACUUGAGCUAAUUUGUUUCUUGGGACCUUGAGUAAUGGGAAGUCCAAUGAAGAGACAGGCACGUGACUGUUUACUCUCUGUGGUUUAGUUCCCUUUAUUCUGUGUUUUCCACAUACUUCACUAGUGAAGGUCUUAACUAGCUCCAAUGAAGGAAGCUUCAUUGUUCAGUAGAUACUUGUGGUUUGACGAGACAUUUUGUGUGAAAUCAAGCCUGGUAUUAGCUGUUUUUCAUGGUGGGGGUGGAGUGGAGAAUUCUUCAGGAUGUUACUUAGUGAAGCUUCAAUUUAUUGAAGACAAAGCAAGCUGAAAAUAUAAAGGGCAUUAAAGAACAAACAGUUGUAGUUGAUGUUUCUCAUGGUAUUUUUUGUUUUUUUUUUUUUUUUUUUUGGGCCGCAUGUCUUUUGGAGAAUGAGGGACAUACCACGUGGACAGACGACUUGGACCAGGGAUUGAAGUGUUGAAGAAGAUUUCUGCCGUAAGGUCCACAAUACUUAGCCAAGCAAAUCUUGGGAAAAGAAGAAAAAGCAGGGCAAGGAGAGAAAGUCAGUGAAAAAAUCUGACUUAAGAAUUAAAGUCAAACUUCUGUAACUGUUGGAGAUAUGCAUGAGGAAAAUACAGCUGCAACAAAUGGAUGUGGCAAAAUCAGAAGUAGUACCCAGAAUGAGGCUGCCUUACUGGCCCUGAUGGAGAAGACUGGAUACAGCAUGGUUCAAGAAAAUGGGCAAAGAAAAUUUGGUGGUCCUCCACCAGGUUGGGAAGGUCCUCCACCACCUCGUGGAUGUGAAGUUUUUGUGGGUAAGAUUCCUCGUGAUAUGUAUGAAGAUGAAUUGGUUCCUAUUUUCGAGAGAGCUGGGAAGAUCUACGAGUUUAGACUGAUGAUGGAAUUCAGUGGUGAGAAUCGAGGCUAUGCUUUUGUAAUGUACACUGCUAAAGAGGAAGCCCAGCUAGCCAUCAGGAUUCUUAACAACUAUGAAAUUCGUCCAGGGAAGUUUAUUGGUGUCUGCGUCAGCUUGGACAACUGCAGACUAUUUAUUGGAGCAAUUCCAAAAGAAAAGAAGAAACAAGAAAUACUGAAUGAAAUGAAAAAAGUUACAGAAGGAGUGGUGGAUGUCAUUGUUUAUCCAAAUGCCACUGACAAAACUAAAAAUCGUGGCUUUGCUUUCGUAGAAUAUGAGUCUCACAGAGCAGCUGCAAUGGCUAGAAGGAGGCUAAUCCCAGGAACGUUCCAGCUCUGGGGUCAUACUAUUCAAGUAGAUUGGGCAGACCCAGAGAAAGAAGUUGAUGAAGAAACAAUGCAGAGAGUCAAAGUGUUGUAUGUAAGAAAUUUAAUGCUCUCUACUACAGAAGACACAAUUAAAGCUGAAUUCAACAAGUUCAAGCCAGGGGUGGUUGAACGUGUAAAGAAGCUGAGAGACUAUGCUUUCGUUCAUUUUUUCAACCGAGAGGAUGCAGUUGCUGCCAUGUCUGUAAUGAAUGGGAGGUGCAUUGAUGGAGCUAGUAUUGAGGUAACGCUGGCAAAGCCAAUUAACAAAGAAAGUACUUGGAAACAACAUUUUAAUGAUCAGUUAAGUCCCUGUUCUGAAAGUCUCUUAGGGUUUCCCAGCAAAGAGGAUGGUCAUCAAAAAUCUGCCUGGAAACCAGCAGUUCGUCUUAAUGGUCAGCACAGUCCAAGCCCCCCUGAAGUUGAAAGGUGUACGUACCCAUUUCUUCCAGGAACAAAGCUUACUCCAAUUAGCAUGUAUUCUUUGAAAUCUAGUCACUUCAGUUCUGCAGUAAUGCACCUGGAUUAUUUUUGCUAUAAAAAUAACUGGGUACCACCAGAAUACUACUUGUAUUCAACCACGAGUCAGGAUGGGAAAAUACUUCUGGUGUACAAGGUACUUAUUCCUAGUAUUGCAUAUGGUUCCCAGAGUUACUUCAUGCCAGACAAACUCUGUACAACAUUAGAAGACGCGAAGGAAUUGGCAGCACAGUUGACACUUCUACAUCUAGCCAACUGUACGCCCUAUUCAGCUUGAAUUGCCCUGAAGAACACAGUUGAGCAGUUGAAAAGUUUGAAAUUUGUUACGUUGGAUCUUGCCAUGGAAGGAAAAAGAACACCACACUGAUGCACAAUUACUGGAACUUCAGAUUACAUGUUUAUUGAUGAAUUACUUUUCAAAGUACAUGUUUUUUUUUAAACUUUUGAUUUUUGAAGAUUAGUGCAAUUGAAUGUUAAAUUGUUUUAGUUAAAUUUGUUUUGAAGAGAGAACUUGUUUAGAAGAUUUUUAUUACCUGUAAUAGUUUAUACAACAGUAGCUUAUCUUUAGUGUUGAAAUAAUUUGGUACAAUUCCAGCCCUUGUAUUGUGAGUUGCAUGCAGAGUAUUUUUUUAGUUUCAGUUGUAAGUAAUAAAUCUGAAGUAAACACUAAAAAAACAAACUGGCAACCCUGCCUUUUAAUACAUAAACAUAAUUCCCAGUAUUCCAGUUGUAGCUCAAAGAUGAAAUGCAAAUGCGACACUCAAAGACUUGUUCCUGUAACUUAAUGCCAAAUUUUAUAGGAAGAACAUGUCCAAUAAAAUCUUUGCUUCUGGAAUAGCAUUAUGUCAGUGAUGGAGUGGUAUUUUGAAGGGCCUUACAUCAACAUGCUAUCAGGCUAUGUAAGGUAUAUUGCUGUAGUCAUAAUACAGGUUCAACACCUUAGAUAAUUCCUGAGACAAAAAUUGGUAAAAGAAAAAAGUGUGACAUAGAAAUUGCAGCUUAGUGAACUGUACAUAAGGUACAUGUCCUAGGAGAGAGACAAUACCAAAUACAAGUAUGUUCUUCUGAGUUCAUGGAAGCCUUACUUGUAUUAGGUUAUUCCUUGUAACCAGCAGUUCUACUUGCCUGUGGUUGUCACGUUGAACAGCAGCUUGCUCACUCUCUAAUCAGGCCAUAUGCUUCUUCAAAAAACAUCUCCUAGCAUUAAAUGGAAAAUAGUUCUUAAGUUUUUAAAUCGGGUAUAUGUAAUUCAUUUUGAGUGAGCUAUCUUUAUUCCUGUAGUGUUAACUAUUCAGCAUUUCUCAGUGAAGUGCCUUAUUUCUUGAAUGAUCAAAAAAUUUUUUUUUCCUUUUAUUCCUGAAACAAACACAGUGGAUCAACCUCCUUUUUAAACUUGGUAUAUAGUUUCAGUUCCUGGUCAAGGAAUGGGCCACGUAGCUUAUGUUAAGAGUCUAACAGCCUGUUUGUAAGCUGUUUUGUUUGAAAAGCUUGUUAAGAAAAAAAAAAUAUUAUGUAGACAGAAAACGAUGCAAUGGAGAGAUUUGAAGUUGAAUAUUUUUUCUUAAUGCAAAUAUUGAGGUCUGUUCCAUAUUUUAGUUAAACAUGUUUCAUCAAUACAUUAAAUUCUUUUUUUUGUGUUAAUUUAGAUACAGAUAGAGGAGUUAAAUUUUAUUUGUAUUUCAUAUUAGCUACAUCGGUGUUUUAAGUGUUGUAAUUUUUAAUGUUGAAAUCAUAUUUUUGACUUCUGUGCUUGAAUUUGAACAUUGAUAUUAAAUUU